GCAUUUGCUUCCGAGGUCGGUUCCAAAAUGAGUCAUGUCAAAAAUGCAUUUUAGCCUAGGGAACGUAGCCAAGGGUUCAGUCUUGCUUCCGGGUAAGCAUGAGAACAUCGGGCUACAACGACCCCCCGCAGCGCUUCCCGCGGGGGUGUGCGUGCAUGCAGAGAAAUGAGAGACUGCGUACCUGGCGUAGACGUAAGAGGAUCGGGCUCCGAUCCUGUGCACCCUUAAUGGGGAGUAAACGCCGUUGAAACCGACGGAGGUUGCUUACACUGGGUCGCGUUGCAAGGAAAACCCACUUCGGACGAAAAGCUUGCAAGUAACUCGGCAACCUGUAGCGUGAAUCCCGAGAGGAUCAUGCUUUGUUGCACCUGGCUGCUGCGGGACAGAGAAAGGAGAACGGAGGGUAGUGAAUCCUUGGCUCCUUUGAGAUGUGAAAUCCUGGUACCAUUCUGGCUCUGGACAGCUUGAAACAUCUUUACUGCUAACCUCCCUUGUCCCUAUGAGUCCUGGAAUCCGUGUGCUUGCUGCAGUGGGACGGCUGUGUUGAAGCACCCGCGGUUUAAGAUGCUGAAGACUGAAGUGCGCUUUCCAUCCAGCAACUUCUGGGUUUCAGGAAUACUGGACUCUUUUCCUCACAAGCCCACAAUGGCGGUGGACGUGGCCAUGCAGCUCUGCCUGCGCACGGCCCCUUUGCGACGAGAGAGCUUCGCCUGCAAGAUAGCCCCAAAGCCCAAGAAACCUUUGCGGCCCUGCAUCCACUUGAACAGCAGCUCUGAACUGAAUGAGCGGGAAGCUGAAAUAAAAGCGUUGCAGAAGAAAGCGAAGAAGAAGGUUUCCUUUGCUGACAGCAGGGGCUUGGCUCUAACGGUGGUUAAAGUGUUCUCAGAAUUUGACAACCCCCACGAUAUUCCAUUCAAUAUCACAGAACUAAUAGACAACAUUGUGGGCCUGACCACAGUGGAGAGAGAUGAUUUUGUCUUGGAUUUUGUACAGCCUUCUGCAGACUAUUUAGAUUUCCGGAAUCGUCUUCAGGCAGAUUAUGUCUGUCUUGAGAACUGCACAUUGAAAGAUAAAGCCAUCAUGGGCACCGUGAAAGUCAGGAAUCUUGCGUUUGAGAAGGCCGUGAAGAUCCGGAUGACAUUUGAUACCUGGAAAACCUUCACAGACUGCCCAUGCCAGUAUGUUAAGGACACAUAUGCAGGUUCAGAUAAGGACACUUUCUCCUUUGAGAUCAGCUUGCCAGAAAGAGUCCAACCCCAUGAAAGGAUAGAGUUUGCAGUGUGUUACGAGUGCGAUGGCAGGGUGUAUUGGGACAGCAACAACGGCCAGAACUACAGGAUCAUACGGUCUGAACUCAAAUCAGCUCGGGAGAUUUCUCAGCCUCAGGAUGAGCCUGGCUUUGGAAUUGCCUUUGACCAGUUCGGAAGCCCGAGGUGCUCCUAUGGCCUGUUUCCCGAGUGGCCAAGCUAUUCAGGGUAUGAAAAGCUCGGGCCCUAUUACUGAAUCAAAGAUGUGCUCUGUGCAAUUACUAUGCAGGAUUCAAAUGAAAAAAACUUGGAGGAGUCUGCUGCAGCGUCACAAUUGCCAAAGGAGGUAUAGUUACAGAAACCGAAAGAAAAAGACUUGUGGAACUCCUGGCUGCCGUGGGCUUAGGAACAGAUGGUCUCCUCAUUGCCUCGGUUAUUAUGAACUCAAACAGCUAAAACAAAGGGGAGAUGCCUUCCUGGACAGGACCACUCACAGCUUCCGUUCAAGCAGUUCUGCUUACAUGUUGUCAUGAGGUACCUCACAGUACUGUGAGCUGUGCGGGGAAACUUUUAUCUCCCUUCAUGUGUGAUAUUCCAGAGUCUAAAUUUGCUACACGUCCCUAAAAUGCUAUUCUGUGCUCGACAAGGAAUGACGGUGGAGAGACUGGCCACUUGGAUGUGGGCGUUGCUCAUAUUUUCCCAUUCUUUCCUAAGCACGUUGCCCAGCUGGGGAGACCAAGACUUUCAAAUGGAAGUGGCUGGAAUUUUAGCUGGAAUGAUGACUCUGCUUCCUUCCAUUUUUGGAAAUACCGUCAUUUGUGGGAUGCUACCAGGCUCACCGUUCUGUCUGAGCGUUUGUAGUUCUAAAAGAGUACAUUGUGUUGUGCGUGUGGGUGGGUGGGUGAGAGCGUGUUGCAGCUGCUGAAGUAGAAAGUCUAUGUGUAGCUCAGUUAUGUAAUUGUGUAGUUUCAGUGUAAAUGUUUGUUAGGAGAGGUGAGGGACUUGCUAUCACAUUUAGGUGCCUUGACAAUGUCUUUGGGUUGGGAGGUGUGAAGAAUAAAUAUUUCUAUUUUUUUAACUCUGACUCUUCAUGCCACUAUGUUAUGUAAGUAUAAGUUCCUUUGGGCCUGGUGAAUUUAGUUGUCUGAUUAGAGAAUUUUUAACGAAUUAUUUUUGUUUCAUGAUGUUAUCAAAUGGCUAUGAAUAGGAUGUUACUGACAAAAUCGAUCAAGGCAUGUCCUUUCAUAGAAAGAAUAUCUGUGGCAGCCAAUUUCAUGCACGGCUGUAGGUGGGACCUAGUUCAGUAGCAGCGUUGUAUGCCAAAGCUCCCCAGUUCAGUCCCCGGAGUCUCCAGGUAGGGCUGAAGCAGGCCAUUACCUGAAAUCUUGGAGAUCAGCUACCUGUCGCAACAGAUGGUCCCUGGCUUAGCUGAAUAACAUGGCCUGGUGCAAAACAGCUUCCCAUGUUCCUGCAGUGUGGGAAGAAGAGGAGCGAAGCAGCAGGGAUAGCCAAAGAAAGGAGAUCAUCCUUGCCCCAAAGCAAUCUAAAUCAUGACUGCUGGUUUUCCCACAAAGUUCCUCCUUGCUUCUCUUCCUGGCAUUUUCAGCCCAGUGCACAGCUGCGGGGAAUUACAGUGAUUCACCGGGAUGCUGCGCUUAAGAGGCGUCCGUGUAACUUCUUGAACACAAAAGGAAGCCUCUCACUGGAAGGCUGACCCAGAGUGGCAUCGGGGUGCAGUGGCGAGGCCAGAAUGCGCCUGCCCUUAUCCCUGCUGACCUUGAGGGAAUGACUGGACAACUCAGAACAUCUGAAAGAGAUCAGCACGGGUGGAGGCUUGCAGCUUAGGCACAAGUGAAUCGAAACGGUGUGGAGAAUCUGGAUUUGGAAGGGGACGUGGAGGAGCCUGAACAGUGCUGUCCCUUGUAGAUCAGCGGCGGCGGCGAGGCCGGUUUCUGCAAAGGGAGCCUGGUGCGGGCUUGCCUGCUUCAUGUGAGGCGAGAGCCUUGUCUUGGCAUGUCAGCUCCAAGUUAAAUAUGGGAAGGGCUCCCCAUGUGCCAUUACUAACUUCUUUAUAAUGCUGAAAAGCCAGCACUUCCUUAUCUCGCUGUAAUGGGCCAUGUCAUUUCAUUUGUUCAGUUUGCAUACAUUGAACUUGAAUUUGUACUUGGCAGGAAAAAUGAGCUGUUGAACACCUGCAGAUUGGCAAUUCCAGCAUAAGUACCCAAGUGAGGUGAUGCCUCAAAGAAAGGGAUCCCUCCAGAGUUGCACUCUGGGGGCCUCAGGCCACAUCCGGCUCCCUGGGAGGUGACACUUCCAUCCUAGUUGGCAGGGGGCUUUCCCAGCAGGCUAUUCGAGCCCCCAGCCACCCUAAUGCGUUAGCUUACCCUUUCUGUUAUGGGAAGGUGGUCCUGCUGGAUAGUUCAAAGUCUUAACAGAGUGACAGAGGAAGCGAUGGACUUCCCAGAGGUGCAGAUGAUAAUAAAGUGGAGCCAUGAGCUUUUGCUGUUAGAGUAAAUGGUUGCAGCCUUUACAGCCUUUGGGUCGGAUCCAGAACCGUCAUGCCACCUGUGGAAGGAUACUGCUGGUAAAAUGACAUUUCCCGUCCUCUGUGCCCCAGUGCACCCUCCACUUCUGGAGAGUGGGGAGGCUGGAGCUGAGGAGACAUGACAAUUCUGCAUCCAAAUGUUUAAAUGCAGGGACUGGGCCCUCCAGAUGUUUGGGGCUACAGGUUGCACCUUCCUGGUGGGAGUUCCAAGCAAAAACAUGUGGAGAGCCACAAGUUGCCCUUCCCUGCCUUAAGGGAAGAAAUACAAGCAUGAUCAAUGCAACCUGUUGGAAUUAAGGCUGCAACUCUGCGCACUCACUAGGGACUGAACGUAAACUUAGCAGGAGAUUUGCCAUCUAUGAAUAGGGUUACACACAGAGUGGAAAAAUAAUGUAAAAUCAAUGUUUGAGAUUGCAGCUACAAUGAUUACAGAACCCCUGUAUAAAACAGUUUCAUCCCCUCGCAUAUUCAGGAAACAGUCACCUUAACAGUCAUAUAAGAAAUCCUCACCUUAGCAGGGAAAGUAUGCCUUUUUUGCACUUUACGCUUGAGUAGAAGUCAUAAAUGCAAACCCCCAACAAAGUGGCAAAUUUGAGCUGUCUGUAAUAAAUGCCAAAUGGAUGCCAAAUGAUUUAGAUUCAUUCAAGGGGGAAAACUGAGUUGCAAUUAACCAAUAAGCUCAUUUCUUGGAUUCGAGGCUUUACCCAGUGAGCAGGCUUUGAAUUAUGUGCCAUCUCCUAUCUAUGGGCCUGAUGUGAGGAUGGGUCAAAAGUAGCCCUAAUCUUGCAUGUCCUGACUAUGCUGAGUCUCUCAUGUGUGAAGCCAGGCUUAACGCUGUAGGCCCAGCUCACAUGAUCUCCUUCCUGCAGGUAAAACUAGCAUUCUGGGGAACUGGACCCAGGACUGCAGUAACUAGGGAAGCUAUCUGGAAGUGAAGAACUCCAGCAAAACUAGUACAGAAAUCAGUUUGGCUGUUCAUUUCAAAGGUUAGAAUCCAGUAUUUUCCAUAAUUCGAUGCUUCUGUGGCUCAGAAUGAUUGGUAGCAUGUGGAACUGGUUUCAGGUGACUUCAGGACAGUAAUUUAUUGUGAAAUUAUUCUAAAUUGUGCCUCGAGGGGUGAGGAUGAUUGCAGGCUUCGCCAAAGCCUGCUGGCGUGUGUAUGUGUGUGUGUAUGUGUAACCUGCUAGGCAGUGGCUAGAGAUAAUACUGUGAAACGUAAACCCGGAACAGUUCUCCCAAGCGCACUUUCAUUUCAGCUCUGUUACUCAUUUUUAAAGCCAACUGCUUGGACCUUUCCCAUCUCUCUUCUCAGUAUGAAUGUAACUGGGGAAUAAUAUUUUUUAUCUUUCAUUUUAUGCUUCAGAGUGCCUUGCAUGUUUUAAAAUAUUUUGUACACAACUGAAAAAUGCACUUUACAAUCACAGUGGGUUUCUUUUCUGUAGUGUUUUCUGAAAUAUCACCUUGGUUUUGUUUUUAUUUGACAUCAAAUAAUAAAUAAAAUGUUACAAAGAA